AUGAAUCAGGUCUUCCCCCUUAUGUUUGCACUCUCUGUGAUAUUUCUAGGACUGUACCCCGGAACACAGAGCCAAUGGGUGCCAAAACCCCCAACUUUUCCUCCACUUUGUGCAGCUCAGAUUGGAACCGUAAAUCGUGCGUGCUAUAUGCUACCAUUCACAUCCAUCCAUCCACCCUCCCAUCCAUCCCCGACGCCCUCUCAUCCAUUGCUGACUCACUCUCCUCCUUCCUCUGACAACCCAAGUGGCAGCGGUCAUGGUCACAGGCAUGGGCACGGGCGCAGGCACAGAGAAACGCAUAUUGAACAUGAAUGCUGCCGAUGGUUAAAAGCAGUUGACACGGUCUGCGUUUGUGGAUUGCUGAUGCACUUGCCACCUUUUCUUUCUAGACCCCAACACAAUUACACUGUCGUUGUUGAAGAUUCAUGUAAUGUGACUUUCCAGUGCGGAUCAAGCUGGAUGAAGGUCUAA